AUGUCUGACCGGAUCUUCUAUAUUCAUUCCAACUUGUCCUGUGUCCCCUGGGAGGGCAGCACAGCAGCAGCAGUGACUCCCACUUCUCCUCCUACACCUGUUCACUACCAUGUCCUCUACCGAGGGUGUGGAGAAACCCAGGUGAGCUGGCAUGGGGAGACAUACUGCCUGGUUGGUGGCUACCGCACCUAUGGGGAUGCUCCUUUGGCCACCCCGGCAAAGGUGGAAGCAGAGAAACCAAUUCCCAGCCAGGCUCCCAAGAGACGUCGAGCUCUCACAGAGUCAGAUGAAGACCUAGGAUGCUCCAGCCCCAAAAUUCGGCGAUCGCAGCGUGGUGCCAGGAAGCUGACCCCACAGAAGCUUGCUGGCGGAGCCACUCUACAGGGAGGCAAACAUUUAACCGCCUAAGACAGUUAAUGCCUCUUCCUGCAGUGACCCACACUGCCCACCACUGGAGAUUAG